AUGGAUCCGACAACAAAUAAUCCAGUAGCCCCGGUACCAUCAUUGGAACUGAAAACAAGAAGGGCUCAGUUUCAAACUCAAGCUUCAACAGUUGAUACGAGAAGAAGGCAUGCGGUUUGUGUUCGUAGAGCUUUCAAGAAAUAUGGACCGAAAAAAAAUCCAAAUGUUAUAUUGGAUGGUCUCAACAUGACAGUGCCAAAAGGAACAAUAUACGGCCUUUUAGGUGCAAGCGGUUGUGGAAAAACAACAUUACUCUCGUGCAUUGUUGGUCGAAGACGUUUGAAUUCGGGUGAAAUCUGGGUACUGGGUGGUCGACCCGGCUCGAAAGGCUCCGGAGUUCCAGGGCCACGAAUCGGUUACAUGCCACAAGAAAUUGCACUUUAUGGGGAAUUUUCCAUAAGAGAAACAUUUAUCUACUUCGGCUGGAUUGCUGGAAUGACGACAGAGCAAGUCGAUAGUAAAUUAGAUUUCUUAUUAAAGUUAUUAGAAUUGCCCUCAGAGAGUCGAUUUGUGAAAAAUCUCUCGGGUGGUCAACAGAGGCGAGUAUCAUUCGCAGCAGCACUAUUGGCCGAUCCUGAAUUAUUAAUUUUGGAUGAACCAACAGUGGGCGUUGAUCCUGUUCUUCGGCAAAGUAUUUGGGAUCAUUUGGUCCAUAUCACUAAGGACGGCAAUAAAACAAUUAUCAUAACGACUCAUUAUAUUGAAGAGACAAGACAAGCGGGUAUUAUUGGCCUAAUGCGCGGUGGCAAAUUUCUUGCCGAGGAAUCGCCAAAACGACUAAUGGAAAUGCACAGAUUGGAUACAUUGGAGGAGGUUUUUUUGAAACUCAGUAAACGUCAAAAUAUGGGUCUCAGACGAAGAAGCAGUAUUCUCAGCAGUGUUACUGGCGUUCUUCCAGAAGCUACUCCAGAUGACGAAAUGAGUGGAGAAUUUGGUGAUAAUGUCAGUAUUUCUAGUCGCAGGAAAAGUAUCGUCGUGACUGAAGAGCAAAUAGCGGCGGAUCUUCCACCUGAUGAGGAAGGGAACUCAAAUUUCAAAAUGCUCGAUCCACAACACAUGAAGGCUCUGAUAUGGAAAAAUUUCCUUUGGAUGUGGAGGAACGUAGGAAUAAUGGCCUUCAUUAUCGGUUUACCAGUUCUGCAAAUAAUUUUGUUCUGCCUCUCAAUUGGCAAAGAUCCAGUGGGAUUAACAUUGGCUAUUGUAAAUAAUGAAUUAAAUAACAGUAUGGAUCGAUGCAUUCCAUCGGUGGGUUGUGAUAACACACGAUUAAGUUGUCGAUUUUUGUAUCAUUUGGAAAAGCGGACAGUACAAUUUCUGCCGUGUGAAACAGAUGAGGAGGCGAGAUUUGCCGUCACGAAAGGCUGGGCCUGGGCUGCUAUUUCCUUCCCGUCAAAUUAUUCCGAAUCCUUACAAAACAGAAUCAAUGAUGGUGCAAAUGCUGAUAAUGACAGUGUCAUUUUCGCUGAUAUGAAUGUCGUCAUGGACAUGUCGAAUCAGCAAAUUGGUCAACUUCUCCAAAGGGAUUUAUUGUAUUCGUAUCAGGACUUUGCAAAGGACUUUAUAGGUGCAUGUAAUUACAGCGAGAAAUUGGCAACACUUCCCGUAAACUUUAAAACACCGAUUUACGGAACAAGAGAGCCUAAUUUCACCGAUUUUGCAGCCCCUGGAGUUAUUUUGACGAUUAUAUUCUUCUUGUCUGUUGCACUCACUUCGGGUGCCAUGUUACUGGAAAGAAAUGAGGGUCUACUUGAAAGAUGUUUAGUAUCAGGUGUAACCGGAACGGAAAUUCUGUUCGGUCAGGUAGUUACACAGUUUAUGGUGAUGACUGGCCAAACAGUGAUGGUUUUGAUUUUCGCAUUCGCCGUGUUCGACGUCACAUGUGAGGGAGAUUUGGCAUGGGUGACUAUUCUCACAAUUCUUACUGGAUUGUGUGGAAUGUGUUUCGGUUUUGUUGUGGCGUGUUCGUGUGAAAAUGAAAGAAGUGCAACGUAUAUGGCGAUGGGAUCAUUUUUGCCAAUUGUCAUGUUAUGCGGAAUUAUUUGGCCUAUUGAAGGAAUGCAUCCAGUAUUGAGAUAUAUCAGUUUCAUUUUGCCCCUGACAAAGAGCACAGAAUCGUUUCGAUCAAUGCUGGCGAGAGGAUGGACAAUCUCAGAGGCAACGGUUUAUGAAGGAUUUAUUGCCACUUUCAUCUGGAUUAUUGUUUUUCUAACAAUCGCAAUAUUAUUACUUAAAUUCAAAAAGGGAUAAAUGGAAAAUUCUUUUUUUUUUAUUGAUUUUUUCUUUUAACGGAAAUUCCAAUUUGCCAUUAUAAUUGACCGUAUUUUUUUUUAUGCAAAAAAAUGGCGAGGUCAAUUUAUUUUUAUUGUAAUACUCCAAAUGGCGAGUAUGAAAGGCUUAAAUUUAUUAUUGUUAUUAAUUAUUAUUAUUAUUAUUAUUAAUAUUAUAAUUAUUAUUAUUUUUAUUAUCGAUGUUAUGAAUUUUUAUGCGUGUCAAUAAUGAAAUGCUCAAUGCGAUGUAAUGUAUUUAUUAUUGUGCUUAAUGUGAAAUUUAGAAAAUAUUUAUAAAGAUGAAUACAAAAGAAAAUAUUAAUAAGAUAAAAAUAGAAAUAUGCAAAAUGAUGAUGUCAGGAUACAGGGUUUUAAUUGCUCAAGGUUUUCAGUGUUAAUUUUUCAAAUGAAUUUCAAAUUUCUAUUUCGUCAUUAAUUUAAAUUAUUUUAAUAAAAUAAUAAAUUUGAUAUUAGCAUUAGUAAUUAUAUUUUUAAUAAUAAGUAGGACAGUAUUCGUUAUGAAAUUGUAAACUUUUGUACAGUAGUGGUGCAAAUUUUUCUUUAUAUUGGUUGAAAAAUGACAGUUUUGUAUAAUUAUUGAUUUAAACAUUUUUCAAGCAAGAAAGGAAAAUGUUUAAAAAAUUAUUCUUAUAAAAAAACGAUUUAGAAUCAAAAAUAA